AUGGGGCGGCCGUCGUCCGCGCCGCGGGAGUGGAUGCCCAAGACGGGCGCCAGACCCUUUAACUUGAGCGCGAGGAAGGCCGGAAGGCACUCCAAGGAGGCUGUCGCGGCAAAGAUUGCGAUGGAGGAGGCGAAAGACCUCACGUUUAAGCCCCAGACGCGGACCCUGCGUCGUCCCGCGUCGUCCCGCGCGGAGUUCGGCAGCCGCCAGGAGCGCCUCGCACGCCUCUCCACCCCGCGGACCCAGGUGUGGGAGAAGUAUGAGCAGGAGAAGGAGCGGCUGAGCCAGGAGCGCGAGGGCCUCAGCGAGUGCACGUUCAAGCCCAAGCUCGUGACCAAAACGGCGGCUCCGAGGCCGAAGUCUGCCUUCCCCCAGCGGCUGUACGGCGACGCGGAGAACCGCUAUAAGCUCCGCGAGGCGGCCAAGCGCCAGCUCGCGGAGGCCGAGGUCGCAUCGUACCCUUUCCAGCCGGCGAUCAACGACAACUCCCGCGCCGCCGUCGAGGCUGAGGGAUACAAGCCCAUACACGAACGCGUGGGCGAGUUGCUUCGAAAGAAACAGGAGGCUCUCGCCGCGGCGCGCGUGCAGGUGGAACUCGAGAACCCCGACCUGACGUUCGCGCCGAAGGUGAGCGACGCCAGCAGGGCCAUCGCGCGCGGGCUGGAGGAGGAAGCCGGUGUCGACGAAAAGUCAAAGUUUGACAGGCUGGCGUCGGGUGUCAGCUUCACCGACAUGCGCCGCGCGUCCAUCGGCGGCGGCACCGCCACGCGCUCCAGCAGGCGCAGCAUCGGCGGGAGCAUGUACGGGGAGGACGACUUCUCGUUCGCGCCGAGGCUGAACGAGAACACCAGGCGGCUGUGCGAGAUGAUGGCGGAGGAGGGCGUCAGGGGCGGCAACGGCUCCUUCCUUGACCGGCAGCGGGAGCACCUGCAGCGGAGCAAGGAGAAGAAGGCCGCCAUCCGCGCGAAGUUCGACCAGGACUGCACGUUCCACCCGAACACCGGCAACGCGGCGGAGGUGCUCAUGAAGUCCAAGCACGUCGUCAAGCUGGGGGAGACCCCGCAGGAGAGGGUCGCGCGGCUGGCGUUCCUUGAGAAGCAGGAGAAGGAGAUAAAGCAAAAAAUCGCGGAGGAAAACUACCACAAGCAGUUCACGUUCAAGCCCAAGAUCUCCAAGGAUGCAAGGUCCAAGUCCGCGACGCCGCUUGAGGACCUGGUCACGAACAAACGCACCAACGAGGUACGGGCCGCCGCCGCCGCCGCCGCCGCCGAGGCGUUCAACGCCGAGUGCACCUUUGAGCCCAACCUCGGCCGGCGCCACGAGGACGCCAAGCCCCGGCCGUUUCAGGUUGACUACUCGGAGGAGGGAGGGAUCGUGGCCAGGAUCCGGGAGUACAGGCGCGAGAAGGAGAUCUGCCUGCAGGAGGCCCGCAACGAGAAGGAGUUCAAGGAGCUCGAGUCUUGCACCUUCCAGCCCAACGCGGGGGUCAAAAAGUCAAAGCCGAAAUCCGCAAACAGCAAAUCCGUCGCCGAGGUUGUCCCCGGCCUCGGCAGGCACCUCGAGCUCAGGCAGCGCGCCAAGCAGAUGGAGGACGAGGCGAGGGCCCGCAAGGCGAAGGUAUUCCUCGAGGACGCCGUCAAGAAGGACGUGGCGCACAGGCAGACGGUGCCGAAGCAGCCGAGGAUCAGCGCGUACGCCGAGCACGGCGCCAAGGCGGAGGAGAGGAAAAAGAGGUUACUCGCGGAGAAGGAGGCGAGGGACAAGGCGGAGUGCACGUUCCGGCCGGUGACGAACGAGGCCCCGAGGAAGGAGCUCAUCGAGGCGCUGCUGGCGGAGGAUGACGACCUGGCGCCCUUCACCCCGGGAUCAGGCGUGGGGCAUUCGCCAUAUUGACGACGGUAGUCUACCGACGCGCGUUGUGAACAAAGUUGGCUAAAUAUUCGUAGAA